UCGGCCGCAUCGGCACCUGCCGCCUCCGGGUCAGCCGCCUCGGCAUCGGCCGCAUCGGCACCUGCCGCCUCCGGGUCAGCCGCUUCGGCAUCGGCCGCAUCGGCACCUGCCGCCUCCGGGUUCGUGUCGGCCGCGUCGGCAGCACCGGGAUCAAAAGCCGCACUGCGGGCCGCGCCGCGGGUUGCUCCUCGGGCCGCGCCGCGGUCCCGUGAUGCUCCUCGGGCCGCGCCGCGGUCCCGUGAUGCUCCUCGGGCCGCGCCGCGGUCCCGUGAUGCUCCUCGGGCCGCGCCGCGGUCCCGUGAUGCUCCUCGGGCCGCGCCGCGGUCGCGUGAUGCUCCUCGGGCCGCGCCGCGGUCGCGUGAUGCUCCGCGGUCACUGGAUGCACCACGGUCCCGGGACGCGCCGCGUGCAGCAGUAGAACGACUUCGAAGCUCACGAUCCAUCGUCACCGAGUUACGAAGUUACAGGCGUGGCUUUGGCUGGAAGGGGAGCGCUAGGCAAAAUCGCGAAGCCGUGCAACUUGGCUGGGAAUAUAUGCAGCUCUGAGU